AUGGAGUCCAGGAGCGGACAAGGCAAGCCGCAAGAAGCGACCCACAGAAAGACCAGCCGCAAGUCCAACGUGGCAGCUACAGAAGAACACCGCGACGAGGCGACUCCGCCACGUAGCGACCAGACGCCUGAUUCCCAGAGUAGCAGGGGCAAGCAGCAUGGCGACAGCGUAGCUCCGUUACAGCCACCACGGAACAAGGCAGCCUCGCUGAUGCAACAGCACCGGUCCGUGUGGCGGAACGAGUUCCAGAAACUGCACGACGCCGAGGAGAGGCUCAAGAACGACAUCGUCGACAAGCUCAGGUACAUAUCUUCGACGGGAAUUUCUAGCGACGAUGAGGCAGGCCAGUGCCUUGAGGAUUGGAUUGACUACGAAUUGGGGCGCACGAAAUUCCAGGACAGCGCCGACUCGAGAGUGGAGUGGUUCAGGCGUAUCCUGGCCUGCCGGCUCGGCUUCAUGGACGACCAGGAAGGCGCGGAGGAGGACGGCGGUGGUGCGCAGCCCUCGGAGAACAGCGAGGCCCAGAUGGUGGCCGAGCUGCGGGACGCCCAGAGGGAGACGCGAGAGCUCACCGCCACGCUCGAGCAGCAGUACAGGGAGGCCGACGAGGAGGUGAAACGAGCGUUCGAGGCGUCUCCCCUAAGCAAUACAAGGUUCACUUUCUCACGCAAUGUUGAGGAAGACUUUCAAGCAUCUUGGAAAGGAGACGAGCGAAUGCGCCGCCCUCUUCUGGCCGAACUCAAGCAGAUCGACCACAAGUUCGAGUCAAAGAUCAAGGACAUUGACAAGGCUCACAAACUUGAAGAGGAGCCGGCCGACUGGAGCGCAGACGACUAUGCCGUUGUGAACCACGUGCUCGAGCAAUACCCGAGCAACUUAGGAAAUCGGAGGGCACUGAUAAUGGACUGGCUACGCCGACACUUCAAGAAGCGCUCCAUCUUGGACAUCUCGACGUACAUGACGUGGUGCCAAAAUCAGCGCUACCACCGGGACAAGGUGCAGUCAUGCUUGCAGGAAUGGGAGCGCACACGUGUUCAGUGGCUUGCGAAGGCAAAGCAGGUGAUGAGCACACGGAACGGCCCUGGCACAACGGCUGCGUCUAGUGGUCCACCACAACGGAGGAGGACGGUGCACAACGUCACACUACCACCUGCUCCGUCGCUACAAAAGAAGCCGAACCGUCUGCCACCGAUCGAGCAAGAGCUGAAGGAACAGAGGGCGCCACGUCCGAGGGCGCGUGUUCGCAUUGCACCGGCACCCACCACUAUCUCGUCUUCCUCGGCACCUCCGCUCAGCGCUGUGACCGGCCUCAACAGUACCGCGGCUGCGACUAGAUCCAAGGCUGAGCAGCUCCAACACGCUGAGCGACAGGUCUUGGAGGAGCGGAACCGGGAGUGGCGCUUGCGCUCGCUGUCCACGGUGCGAGAGAUAGAAGUUCUGCGCAUGCGCCGCAAGCAGUCUAUCGCCGUCGCAGGUGUGGACGAAGCGCCCGAAGAACAGGAACUGGCCAAGGUGCAACGAAGGCUCAACCUGGAAAGGGUGAAAUUUCGUCAAGAACUGGCCAUGAAGAAACAGCGUGACCGUUUGAGAGCCGAGCAGAAGAAGCAGGAACAGGCGAGGCUAGAAAAACUCAAAGUACAGGCAAGUGGAUUGUGUUCAACCUGUUCACCUUUUUUUUUUUCUAUAAACUCAUACAUGCACAGUUGCCCUUUUCUUAGUGAAACUGUAAUUGUUCGCAGUGAAUUAUACAGUUCAAGCAAACUGGCUGCGGUUAUCAAAUACUUUUCGAAGCGCUUUCUAACUGCCCUCAACGAAGUGCAGGUAUGGCUUGUACAAAGUACCGUGCGUCCAGCUCGCGUCUCCUACUUCGCUUUCGCUAACGCCUAG